CAAGGCUCUUUUUAAGUUUUUUGUGUUUUUUAAUUGCUUAUUUUAGCAUAAAAUGUCGAUAAAAUCAUCAGAAGAUGAGCCAGAAAAAAUUAAUAUCAAUUUAAUGACCUUAAGAAAGCCGACCGAAUUGAAAAAAGUCAUCGACUCCGUUCCGAAACCAAAUCGAGCUGUUCCCGAGAAUGGAUUACCAAUGUGGUACAAGUUAGGGUUAGAAUGCAAGUUGCCAGUACCACACAUACCCGCGGGGAAAAUUGUAUUUUCCCGUGGAAAAAUUGGUGAAGAUGUCUUCCGGAAAGGCCUCGGUGCAGGUCCUCAGCCGACCUUUGACCUGUCAGAUCCUCACGGCCACAGCGUCAGCACAGAGUACGUGCCCAUCCACGACCCUCAUCUGACUCACCACUUCUCACGUAAACCGGCUCGCAACUUGAUGAUAUCGCUGGGCAACUGCACGAAAGACGGUCGUGCUAUAUGCACGCUGAAAGAAUUCAACCAGUAUCGAAAAUUUCUGUACAACAAAUUUAUGGAUAGAAUCCAUAUGGAGAUAAAGAAGUUGGAUGAACGAGCCAGAGACGAUUUAGUUUUGAGAAGAGUAGAAGCAGAUGUCGCUAGGAGAAAACAAGUUUUUAUAAGAAGAGAGCGCGCCAGGGAACACUUGGAGAAGGUGGCGCAAGAGCAUGCCGACGAAUUUGCGGAAAAGAAGAGGCUGGCCAAAGAACGCGAGAAAAAGGUCAGAGCACGAAUUAAGUAUUUAGCAGAGUUCAAUGAGAAGAACAGAAAAGAAAGGGCACAAAAAGCGAGAGAAAAAGAAAAUCAAAUUAAACAACGCGUGCACGCGGCUGCCGAGUUAGAAAUACGAAGGAAGAUCACAAUGAUCCGCUUGUGGAGGAGCAACGAGAAGAAGAGGCUUAAUACUUUGAAGUUGGAACAAGAUCUUAAGCAAAGGAUGUUAGAGGCUGAGGCUGAAAACAAAUGGAAAGCCCGAGUGGAAUCUCAACACCAGAAAAUAAUAAAUGACGCUCUUCUUCUCAAAAUAUAUAUGGAAGACAUGAAAGCAGCUGCAAGAAGGAGAGCCAAACGAGCCGAAGAAUAUGCUUACAACACGGAUUUGGAAUUACAACGCAUCAGAAUGGCCAAUUGGAGAAAACUUCAUGGCAGUGUGGCCACGGGUAACAGAGAUGUUCUGAUUAGAAAAAUGGGUGCGGAGUUUGAGAAGUCGAAACGCGGUUCGAAGGGCAUUAACCUGAACAAGGCGCAGCGCAUGGCCUCCGAAGCGGUGUCCCUGUCCAUGUCCACUCCUGGAGACACCCUCAUGAUGCUGGGACAGGCUCGAGCCAGGAUGGACAUGGAGAUCAUGCUGCCGUCACCACCCAUCAAGAUAUUGGAUCAACUUCUCGAAAAUGCAAUAAUGAUAUACGCAAGAAAACGUGUGAAUAUAAUGAUGCAGCACGUCCAACAUGCGGCUUACUACAGAGCGGCACAGGAGUUCAACCAUCUCCCACGAUCACCAGCUUCUCUAAAGGGGGGCCACAAGCCAGUGCGAUGGUCCACACAAAAUGAUACGGAGCUACCACCUAAGGCUACGAACCAGCGAAACUCGGCCAUAGCUUUUGGCGAGAUAACUCACAUACAGGCUAAGGACUCUGUGGAUUACGAUUUGAAGCGUACGAGAGAUCGACCACCCACGCCAGUACCGUCUUUGACAACGCUUGUAGAGGUGACUUUCUCCGAUAACGUCGAGAAUUUGCCAGACCCCGUCUCUAAUGCCAGUAAUUUACCUGAAAGAAGGAAAAUGAUUGAGAUGGUGAAUAUUGCCGGUAGAGUCAUGAUGCGAUCUUUGAAUAAACGCAUCACCAGUGCCAUCGAUUUGGUCAUCAAGAAAAUCACACUGCCGCACAUAAGACAUCCAAUGACGUGGAGCGAGGCAGUGGACGGUGUGUCGACGGCGGUGGUGGAAGGCCGCGUGAGGCCAGACUGCCCAGAACUCCGGCAGGCCACGAUGCACAUGGCGUACGCGGUGCUCCAAUCGAUACGGCAGCGGAGCGUUGAGAAUCGGAAACUGCAAAAGGGAACAAGAUGUACUCCGAAGCAAGAAGAUUUUUACAAAGCAAAAGACGAUUGAAGAUUGAUUUUGGGAUGUUU